AGUUCGAAAUAUGUUCAUGUGGUGGAAUUUGGGGCAAGAUGUCAUCGUGCAAGGACAAACGUGUCGAAUGAUGAGAACACGAGGAAGAAUGUGUACAAAGCAUAUUAUGUGAUGACCAUGGUGGAAGAUAUAUGCCGAGAGCAAGGAAACUGGUUUCCGUACACUGGUGGAAAGGGCGUACGGAGAAGAUGCAUGGACGGCGAUGGCACAGAGAAAGAGACAUUUUCCAAAGCACGUAGUGUAGAGCAUGUACAGUUCGUUCCUGAAUGA